UCAGCUCGGCUUAUGAAAUAAAUACGAGAUUUUUUUUCGUCUUGCGUUUAUUGGGAAUUGGUUUGCGUGGAGCGACGAAAUUCUGUGGACUCAUGGAUUUACCGCUUCCGCUUCGCCAAACGACGUAUGAUAUCAUAAUCAAUAACAUUCAUUCUGCUGCUUCAAGUAUUGUUCAAUUGGUGUUGAAACAAGCUGUGAAAGAAGAACAAGAGGAAAUAACAAGAGAAAAUCCUAGUGCUGAUAUCACAAAAUUGACCGUUUCAGGAGAUGGGACGUGGCGAAAACGUGGUUUCACCUCAUUAUAUGGAAUUGCUGUUCUCAUUGGUCAGUUUACAGGAAAAAUCGUUGAUUUUCUUGUAAAAUCUUCUUAUUGUACUGAAUGUAAUUAUUGGAAUAAUCACAAAAAUACCGAGCAAUAUGAGGAAUGGAAAUCUCUUCACGAAAAAAUUGUCAGCUCAAUCAUGAAGGAUCGUUAGACAAAAUAGAAGUAGACGCCAUGAUUGAAUUAUUUUCAAGAUCUGCCGAGAAGCAUGGAGUUAUGGACACCAAUUACAUGGGGGAUGGCGAUUCGAAGACGUACACGGGAAUAAUAAAAGCGCAACCAUAUGGUGAUGAAAUUGAAAUUGUGAAAAAAGAAUGCGUGGGACACGUCCAAAAGCGAAUGGGAACCCGUCUUCGUCAAUACAAGAAAAACAACCCUGGAAUCGGCGGCAAAAACAAAUUGACGGCAAAGCUUAUAGAUAAACUGAGCAUUUACUAUGGUUUAGCUAUUCGCAGAAAUUGUAACUCAAAGGAUGAGAUGAAAAAAGCGAUAUGGGCAGCAUUCUAUCAUUACAGCUCAACAGACAGCAAUCCUCAACAUCAUUUCUGUCCCAAUGGCCCCGAAUCGUGGUGCAAGUGGCAACAAGCAAAAGUAAAAAAACAAUUGAAAAAUUUCUGUCACGAUUAUGCUGCAUUGCCACCAAGGGUGUUAGAUGCUAUCAAACCAAUUUACGAAGACCUCAGCAAUGACAAAUUGUUAGAACGCUGUGCGGGCGGGUAUACUCAAAACUGCAAUGAGAGCUUCAAUCAAUUAAUUUGGAAGAUAGCUCUAAAACCGAUGAACAGCGGAUCUAAAAUUGUUAACUUCGCUGUUUUUCUAGCAGCAUGCACGUUCAAUAAUGGUGUCACUUCACUACUCGAAAUUAUGAAUGUGUUGGGAAUAUCGGUUGGGUUAGGAGCGCACUUAUACGCUGCGCAAGAAGAUGAAACUCGCAUAGCGAAAGCCGAGCUGCAAGCGCAGUUACAAACAAAAGAAGGUCGAAUACGGCGUCGACAACAAAAUUUGAAAGCCCUGACCAUUGCGUUGACCGUAGACGACCUGCACUAUGGGCCUGGUAUCAAUGAUUCCAUGUAAGUGCACAAAUCUUAACAUUUAUUAAUUCCUGAAUUUUCAAAUACGUUUUUCUCGAAACCACGUUUUUCAAAUCGGUACCCAAAAUUUCUCGAAAACCAAUGAACCGAUUGACUUGAAAUUUGGUGUGCUUAUUCUGUAUAGCAUUAUCUAGUAGAUGUUAUAGAAUUUUUUUUUUCGAUGCUUAGUUUUUUUUAUAAACAAAAUAACUAAUUUUGGGCUCAAAAACCGUUAUUUACGUUCAAACGUUCGCCAUUUUGUCAAAACUCCAUAUAUUCGAAAUCGGCUAUGACAUCUACUAGAUUAUAGUAUCUAGUUUAAUAAUCUUUUUGGUUUUUUUGUUUCAGAUGAUUUUUGAACAAACGUUAAUGGGUACCGUGUGAGCAGAUUUUUUUACCAUGCUCCAAAGAACAUGCGAUAUAUCUAUAUAUUUUUAAUAUUUUUCAAGAAUGAAAAUUGAACAUUUUCUUGAAUGUGUAAACUCUCAUUUGGUUCAAACCCCAAUCCGAAAUUUCGAAUAGUUUUACUACAAAAAAAACGCAAAAAUGACCUUUUUUUCGACCAUCUAGGUGUAUAUCUCCUCUUAAUGCGGUGCCGUCGAAAUGACUUGAAAAGAUAAAUACUUCGAGAACAUCUUUCAUCUCUACAUUUGAAAACGUUUGUUUCUGGGUGAAUAAAACGUAUGUGGUCCUUCAUUUGUGCGAACUUCGUACUCGCAAAUAAAACAAAAAAAUCAUAAUGAACCGCAACUCUAAACUUUAUUGAUUACGAUUAAUCGUUUCAUGAACCUCGCCGAUAAUUGAAUUUAGUGCGCAAGAUAUUUUGUCAUCGGGGUUAUCAAUGAAAUAAUACACUUUUUGAAUGAACACCCACAAAGAAUGUGCGUUCUGUGGAUAACAACAAUCCAGAGUAUAACACAUUUUAAACGCUAUGUCGAUCGACUCCAACAAUGACUGCGUCGUGUAUACUUGACGGCCAAUUAUAACAUACGUUGCUGCUGGUUGAGCUAACGGCCUCACGACGACUGCAAUCGGCUGUUUACUCAGUGCAUUGCUUUUUGAUCUCCGACUUUGUGCCUGCUGCACAAUUUCGUCUAAUGAAAAUGUAUCCUACGAUAAAGAAAAAUAUUAGGAUGUUUGCAUUAAAACCAUAUGUUUAAAUAGCAGCAAACUAAAAUAAGAAAACCUACGUGCAAAUGAACAACAAAUGCGUCUCUUCGUUCCUGGAAACUGAGUUUUUUGGCCACAUUCACUUCGUCUUCAGGGUCUGCAUAUUCAUAAAUAUUGCUCGUGUUGCGAGUUUUCGUUUUCGUAAAAGGCGGCCAGGAGCAAUCAAAUGCGGUAAUAAAUAAAGAAGAAUCGUAUUUUGACCAUCUGAAAUAUGUAUGCAAAAUUAUCAUCGAACGGUAUAUAAUAAAACAGAUACAUUACACUGCAAACGUGAUAUUUUAUACUCUAAAAAAUUAGUUUGUAAACAUAUCUGAGGAUAACGUUAGUAACAAAUGAAUAUAUCCUUUUUCUUCGACGUUAGAAAUUUUAAGAUUCUAAAGUCGCUUUAUAAGGUAACUUCGCGUUUUUUCCCAGUUAUUUUUUAAUAGCGAUGAUUUUUGAGGAUACUGAAGAACAAAAUCAGACUCGUACUAGAAAAAAAACCAUUAACUAAAAUAAAGUUCCGCAUUUUUCAAUUACGUUAUAUGUUACAAAAAUGUGUUCUUACCAGAUCAAUUGCUUUCUGCAUACGCAAACAAGCAAAGGAUUCGAGAUAUUGCGAUACUGUUGGCCUUUCAUUCAUUAAGUAUUUCCUCCGGAAAUCAUAUGUCUCAUUCUACAGCUGUAUAGUUUCACACCAUGGAUCAACUUUUGUUCGUAGAAUAUUGGCUUUGUUGAUUGUGUCUCCUGAAGUUGGAAAAAAUGUCAUAUUAAAAUACCACAAUAUUCGAAGUAAUUAUAUCAAAAAUGAUGUAGACCAGGAAAAAAAUUCUAUAGAAAUAAUAAACG